AUGGGCAACGAUUUUUUGGAUACACGACCUGUGUUGACGCGGCGCACGGACGGCUCGUGGGCCGAGCGGGCCGCGCCGCUAGCUGCCUACGUGUGCGUGUGGCGGCUCGCUCGCGUGCCUGGUGCCUGCGCUCUCUACGGUGUGGGUGGAGGUGUGGGUGUGGGUGUCGAUGUGCGGGGCGAGCGAGCCCUGGCCGAGGUUUACUCGGGUUCGGGUGAGUCCGGCGCGUCUACGGCGACCACGGUGGUGCCGCCCGCCGCACGAACCUUCUUCAGGUAG